UCGGCAUUAGUUGACAAGCUUGGCUGGAGGCAGGACGUACGUUGCUGCUGCUACAGGUUCAUUGAACCACUUGCAUCCACUUGCUGUUAUACAGUGUUAAACGAGUGUAUCUUGCGUGUGUCCCUGGCGAGUGAUACAUCCCGUAUGUGUCGUGGAAGUGCUAUUAGAAGUGGUCGUUGUGGAACUACCUGCUGGCUAUGUGUCGUGUUGGUGUCUAACGUGAAUUCUUAAAUGUGGAGUGUGUUGUGGGUGUGUGGAGAAGUGUAGGUGGGUGUAGUAGCCAGUACAACCAGGACACGUAGCAGCUCUACACUGACUCAAUAAUGGCAGACACCAGCCGUCCUGACUCCACCUCCAUACUCACCACGGAGUGAGGGGCUGCAGCCGCUUGUGUUGGACUUAUAUCUGCGUGGCGGGCCACGUUGGAGGCUGUGUGGUGAGCGGAAGGUGGCGCAGGUGUGUCACAGGUGUUGUGUGGCGGCACAGGUGUGGCGGUGGGACGUCAUGAGUGGGUGGGGGGCCGGUCAUGGCAGCACCACAGCAACACGCUCUCAAUAACACCUCAUCCACCCUCACUGUCUCUCCUGUCCUGGCCGCUGCCGUCAGCACCUCCGCUAUAACCACGGACACGUACGGUAGCGGUGUUCAGGCCUCGUGUGACGAGGUGUACUCGCGGCUCAGUGCCAUCAGUGUCCAUAGCUUCAACAGUUCCCCAAAACACACUGGUACUGUCCACCACCCACAACCACGCCCUCUGUCCCGCCGCCCACGCCCCUGCUCUCUCUGUGGCCCCAACGCCAUACGGUCUCUCAUCCCCGCAGCUCCUACCUCUCCACAAGGUCCUCUGGAACAGCCAGUGGUCCUUCUUCACCGCCUGGAGGAUGGUCUACUACAGGGGGAUGUAAGGAGUCUCCGGGCAUACGGUACAAUUCGCCUCCUGCCUGUCCAUAGUUCAUCCAAUGAUACAUCGCCAGACGACUACAAAAGUGUCUAUGAUGACACUAUUAAUGAAAGGCAGGUGAACCCUUCUAUGGCUCGCUAUGUAGAGUACGGUGAAAGAGGCCAAAACGACAACACCAGCAGCAGCGGGGAUUACAACAGAGAGGCGUACAGCAACGGGGAUGACAUUUCCUUGUCAGCGAAUGUAGUGAACAGCGAGUGUAAUACAGCUACUCUGAGUGAGUCAGUGACAGCGUGUUUGAGUCAUGAAGCAACGAGAAAAGGUAGUGUUAGUGUGAAAGAAAACGAGAGAGAGGCUGUUAGUGACCAAGACGCUUCCUUAGAUAAACGAAUUCACAGUGGCUUCUCGGGACAAGACCUGGACUUGACGAGAGUUCCUAGUCAGGAGGGCUAUGUUGGUAACACGGGGACCACAUGUGACUCGCAUCCUUCUUCCAGGUCUUCUCCCACACUUCCACAAGUUACCCACUCUUCAGACCUAUGUGAAUCCUCACCCACACCUUCCCUAGUCACUCAGUGCUCAGAUCUGUCCUCACAGUCCACAUGUUACUCCUCCAAACGAGCACACUCCCCACCCUCCCCACCUCUCUCACCUACUACCCCACCUGUGUGGCACCACAUUUCCCCUACCACUACCACAACUCUCACACCAACGCAACCAUACGCCCUUUGCUCGUCCAGGUCACCACAUUCUCCAGAAGUCACACAAGCUUUCCCAUUAACAUUAACAGCUUUGACAACCACCCAAACCUCCCUAACCACCACACAACCUAACCCAGCAAGCACACAACCCUCUACGACAACACUCCAACCUUCCCCACCUACCUCAGACUCAUCAGCUUUUGUUUCCCCUAACACCCACAUGUCAACCGUUCUGUCACCUAUGCUUCCCCUCGCUUCUUCGUCACCUACUGCCUUCCUCUCUUCUUUGCCCCAGUUACAUCCCCUGACUUCCCCACUAUCUUUCCCAGUCUACUCGCAUGUUGAUUCUCCUCCUUCCCCACCUACAUCCCCACCACCUCCCUGUCCGUUGGGAUCUGAGCAAAAAACAUAUACUCCUUGUUCGGUAGCCUCCUCACUGGUACCCAAUUCCUCCCCACACUCCCCAGGGAAUCAUCCUUCUUCCCUACCCUCUCCCUGUUCUCUCCCUGUCGAGUCAUCUUCGCCGGCGCCUUCGGCAGUCUUCCCGUCAGCAUCAUCCCUUCCAUUCAGAGACUUGCCCCGAGGCGAGGUUCAACUCAGUAAAGCAAGCACAAGUUCUGUGACCUCGAGGUCUGGGUUCGAAGAUUCUCUUAACUCUCAGGUAGAGCCGUCAGGAAGGAAACUGACGGAAGGCUGUCAAGACAUGCCAUCAGUAGAUGGUGUAAUCGAUUCUUCGACAGACAGUGAAGUGAAGUGUUCAAAGGCCACUCUUGAUAACCUAUCGAUAAAUGUUAGCAGUAAUACCCAAAUGGAUACUCAUAUUGAACAGCCAGUAGAUGCUCACGUCAGCCCAUCAGGAUCGACUCAGGUCUUAGCUCUUGAGUACAGUAAGGAAGGUGAAGAGGAAGUUACUCGUAAGGCAGGUGAGCCUGGACAUGAAUUAAUGAAUUACUGUGAGUGUGUCAGUGAUCAAACUGACUCAAACAAAGGCCCUAUGAAGUUAAAGUUCAGGUUAAGGCAUAAAACAGACACUCAGUCGCCUCUGGUUACAGAAAAGAAAGAGUGUAAUAAAGAAAACGGUAUUCCAAAGAUAGUGUUAACGCUAAGAGGAAACGGACCCAAGAAGGAGUACUCUUGCUCAAAUAGGUUAAGCAGCGAGGACCAAAGCUUUUCGGAUGUAAACGUUAAUAACAAGAAGCACAAAUCAAAAAAAGAUAAAAAACAGAAAUUGAGAGAUAAAGGGAAAACGAGAAAAGGUCUCAAGGGGAAUAAACACAAACGGCACCUUGAAUUAUUUGGUGAAGACAGCAAUGACUCGUGUGGCGUUAGUGACAAGUGUAAUGGACUGACUGGACACGACCAAGAACAACCCGAAGGAACAGUUGUAACUCACAACCUUCCCGUGGCUUUUCCCAGGCUGGGUGACUCUCCUGAGCGGAGUGAUGACGACAUGACUAUCACGCUUAAAAUAGAACCUCCUUCACCUGAAAGGGGGCACCGUCCCUCUCCUGAUAAAGAGCUCCCUACCCAUUCCUCUGAGACAGAGCUUUGUCUCUCUCCCUCAGAAAGGGAGCUGUCUGCCUCACCCUCUGUGAAGAUGUUGUCUCCCUCUCCCUCAGAGAGGGAGCUAUCUGCCUCAUCACCCUCUGUAAAAGAAAUAUCUUCACCCUCUGAGACAGACCUGCCUCCCUCACCUCUUGUGAGGGAGGCAUACACCUUUAGUUUUAAAGUUGAGAGAGUUUGUGAAAAAAUUAAAUGUAACUCUACUUCAGAAUCACUCGAUGACUCCUUUUCAGAUUCACUGCCAGAUCUAGAGCCUCUCCCUGUCCCUGAAGAUCUGAAGCCUGUUCUUGUUUCUGGAAAUCUGAAGCCUCUUCCGACUUCAGGAGAUGUGAAACAUCCUCUUCCAGCUUCUACAGCUUUAAAGCCUAACUCGGCUCCUGACGUUCUGGAGUUUAACUCUGUUUCUAAAGCUCAGGAGUCUAACUCGGCUUUUGAAGUUCUAGAGCCUAACUCGGCUCUUGAAGCUCUAGAGCCUAACUCGGCUCUUAAAGAGCUUGAUCCACUCCCGGCUCCUGAAAACAUAAAACAUCUUCCAGCGCCUGGAGAUGUAGAUCCUCUCCCGGGUCUGGAAGAUCUAAAGCCUCCUCUGUCUCUUGGAGAUUUAAAGCCUAUCUCUGCUCCAGAAGGUUUGGAGCCUCUCUCAGCUCCUGUAGAUCCAGAAUCUCUCACUGUUUCUGAAAAUCAAGAGCCUUUCCCAGCUUCUGAAGAGCUAAAUUCUCCCUCAGCUCCUGAAGAUGUGAAUCAUCUCCAGGCUGCUAAAAACCAAGAGCCUCUCACUGUUCCUGAGAGCUCUGAACCUCUCGAGAUUCAGGACCAGACAUCACCAUUUGUGGAGAAGGACGUUAGUAGUUUUCAUGUGAAGACAACACCUGUAGAAAAUAAACUAUUGGCAGGGUCAUCAGCAGAGGAACAGGACGUUCUUAGUACUGCUAUAAAUUUCUCCGAGGGAACUUCACUGGAAAACACAGCCGCAAUUCACACCUCAUCAGGCAAUGGUCCCGAUUCACAAAAUAUUUCCGAGGAAUCUUUCAUUUCGAUGGGGAACAAUACCAAUACGAAUGCUCGAGAAUCUUCCAUAAGAGGCCGACCGAAUAUACUGGUUAAGAACAUUGAGCCAAAUCGGGAUUCGGAUACUUCGUUGUGGGUUAGUUUUGGCAGUGACGGUCCGGUGCAAGUUCCAACUUGUAAGGUGCCAAGUUUAGAACCGAUCCUCGGUAAUUUAGACAACUCAGAGACACUGAAAGCUGGUGAACCUGAACGUGAUGUUCAUUUCUCACAAGUAGACACACCAUCGCAUAAUGUAAACAGACUACAAAAGGGAGACUCUUAUCCUGCUGAGAGCAUUGGUAAACAAGGCCAAGGGAGACAAUAUAAUGAGGCAAUGUUAGGUGAAACAAACUCUGUUGACCGCCUUGUUGAAGAAAGGGCAGAACUCCUUGUUAAAGAAUAUAAUGAAAAACAGAAACAGCUUCUGUGUAAUCCAGCUAGAUUACAGCAAUCUGAUAAUAAAGUCAAGGACUUAACACAGGACCUGAAGAAUAUGAAAACUGAAGAAGCACAGCAAAACUCAUCGUUUCCCAAGACCAAAGAAUCCAGUGAUAAAAGAUUUCUCAAGUCUUAUGGCAGUAGAGACACAAGGACAGAGGGAGAAAUGAUCGACGGCAGCCCGUCCCAGACUGCACCUGAUGAGCAUGUUGAUGGUAGCACUAGCCAGGAACCUAGUGCCAAUACCUCGCCUUAUUUUGCCAGUACCACUACCUUAGCUCAUGGUGCUAGGGACGACAAAAACACUGAGAAUUCAGCGAGUGUUAGUGGGGAUACUUGUGAAACUCCAGAUAAUAAGACAAGAAGUGGAAGUGAGAAAGAUCUAUCUUGUGAAUAUCAAACUACGUUGAGCAUCUCUUCUUCAUCCGAGGACCUUCCAGGUAACUCAAAGGAGUCUCAAAGAUUUUCAAAACAUGCAGUCAGAACUAGAAGUUUAGACUCCCAGGAUGACAGCCAGUAUUACCGACCCAAGAAAAUGCGUAAACGAAGCGAUUCAGAAUUAUCUAAGGACUCGCCAAGUGAGAGAGAAUCUUCACUCGACCCCCAAGACCCAAGGAGACCGUGGUCAGUCAUCACAGACACGGAAAAGAGCCAGUUAAACGAAGGGAACCUCAGCACGAGUGAGAUCGCGAAGCAUCUCUCUCACGAAAGAGCUCUCAGCUCCGGUGAGAAUCAACUCUAUGCCAGUAGCGUUUCAACUUCUAACAGCCGCUCAGGAACCAUCACAGAGGACACUUCAGGAGCAAGUUUAAAUGCUCCCGAAAUCUUCGAAGAGAAAAAGAAUACGCAAGAGAUAGUUCCUGACAGUUUGCCGGAGAGGAACAUUCAGUCCAAAUCAUGCACCUCUGCCCCUCAAAACCCUGAAAGCGAAAAAGGGCCAAAGAAGAGGAAGCUUCAGAGGAAGACAUCUUGCAAGCAGAACUCUAAAACUGAAUCACAGGAAGACUCCAGUGAUGGGUCCCUUUCUCAGCUAACUGAGGGGAAGGAUUCGAGGGAAGAUAGUUCGUCUUCCAAGGAAGAUAACAAGAAACAAGAACCACCGAACAAAGAGGAAAAAGAAAGGAAGAAGAAAUCGAGAAGAGAUAAGAGGAAGAAUGGCUCAGAUUCGGAGAGUGAGUCACAUAACCAAGGUAGAGACAGUGUGAGCAGAUCGCUGGCGCUGCUGGAGGCACAGCAACGGAGGGAGGUUCUUCAUGAGGAAGAACGAGGGCGUCGACUUGCCCAGGAGAUCAAAGGCUUCAAUUGGCUCGAGGAGAAGAUCAAGAACGGCUCGCUGCUCUCCUCGUCAUCUACUCCAUCUACGCCUUCUACUCCAUCUACGCCCUCUACACCCAGCCUGGCUUCGAAAACCUCGUCAGUAUCGUCACUAUCUUCAGAUUCUUCAACGCCAUCUUCCGCAACUCCGUUUUCUUUCCCGACGAGGAAGGAGGAAGGGGGAGACUCCAGGAAAAGCUCGUUAAAUGGAGGCACUGCUUUGAGGAGACAUCUGCAGACAGCUGUGCCGCCCCUUGCUCCAUCGUCAAGAGUGACAGCUCUGCCCAAGCGCCGCCUUUCACCUACAGAUCUACCUCCAGUGACAUUUACCACCACUGCAGCUGUUUACAGUUCUUCUAAUGUUAACAGCAUGACUGUUCAAGGCACUGUAAAUACCACUGUGCCAACUUCAUAUGGAUCUGCACACAACAAAUCUGGAACAUUAUUUAGUAAAACCAGCAGUACAUGUGACUCUACAUACUCUAAUAAAGCAACUCUCUACAGUAGCACCAAUUGUACCAAGGCAACGCUUUAUGCCGUCGACAGUGAUAGUUUAGAAGCAUUUUACGACAGUGUUGCUACUUCAAACUUUUACGGAAGUGCAAAGAGCAAUAAUACCCAGCAGAAUAAUGAUGCCAUAACUCCAUCCAGCUACAGUGGUUCAAAAGCUUUGGCAUCCAUCCAACAUCCAGCAUUAUCAGAUGAAACCUCUAAAUCGUCUGUUGUUGCACCAACACUAACGCGUGUAAGCCAGCCACAACAAACAGUAACAUAUCUGGCACCAGCCCAAGUCAGUAACUCCAGUCCAACUGUAUCUCUGGGUACAGCGCAAUAUUCUUCUUCAAGCAACGUUGAUUCUCAUCCUGCAAGUUCAUCUGCCUCGCCUGUUCCCCAACAGUUCUCUCACAAGCAUACUCUUCUCCGUCGUGCUUUCCGUGAAAUGUUGAAAAGUGAUAAUGAAAUGCCCCCAGAGCUGGCCCAUAAAGACAAAAAUAUUUUUACCUUUGACCAUGUAUCAAGUUUACCUACAACAACAGAUAACGUAUCAAAACUUAGAGAAGCAUUAGCUGGUUCCACCUCUGCCCUUACAACUUCAAGUAAGUUCAUCACGUAUAAUGAUGAUACAUCUGAGAGUAAUACAUUAAAAGUUGAUAAAACAGAGCCUCCUGAGCAUGAAACAGAAUCAGCAGACUCCACAGAAUUUAGAAUAAAAACAGCAGACGAGCAUAAAAAACAUAAGAGCGAAGAAAAUGAUGUCAAAGACAAACCUGUGUCAGAAGAGUUGCCUGAAACUGUACAAAAUAAAGUUUUGGAGUGUGUAACUGAUGCUGGUGGUAACUUUGAUGUCCAGGCUCUGAAAGGUGAAACCAAAUCAGGUGAUAAUCAGGCAAAAGAAGAAGAUAGUGAAAUGCAGUCAUCUCUGCUGCUCACAGUUCUCUAUAAAGAGUUAUUGAGAACACGACAAGAGGUUGAAAAGUUGAGAAAAGUACAGGAACUAAUGCUAACAGAGAAGGGAGAGAAGAAAGAAGACACAGAAGAAAAACUAAAGGCAGAAAAUAUUUUGAGUGAAGAAAUAAUGUGUGAGAAGAGAAAAUUUUCAGAAAACACAAGUAACUGUGAUACAUUAAUGGAAAAUAAAGAAUUAAGUUCUCAGCCUGAAAUAAAAAAAUCUAAAAUUACUAUUCGAAAUGACCUGCUGUUAAACAAUGCGACUACCAUACAAGCGAGUCCACCAAAGGCAUCGGAUAUUUCAGGUCCGACAGAAAACAGUCCACUGGUAGAAAGAAUAAGUUCUCAAGUAUUACCUACGGCUAAUGUGCCCCUUGCUAGUCCAGUUUCAUCUGAACAUAAUUCUGAAUUAUCUGUAAUUAGUUAUGUAAAUUCUUCACCUCAGCCUAGUUAUGCAUUAUCACAAACAAGCCCUGGGAUAUCUAGCACUACUAGCCCAGGAUUAUCAAGGACCAGUCCAGGAGUAUUGAGAAGUCCCAUGCUACCAAUGGUGAGUCCUGGCUUACCAAUGGUGAGUCCUGGCUUACCAAUGGUGAGUCCUGGCUUACCAAUGACAAGUCCUGGCUUACCGAUGAUGAGUCCUGGCUUACCAAUGAGUACUGGGUUACCAAGAACGAGUCCUGGGCUCCCAAGGACAAGUCCUGGGGUACCAAGAGUGAGCCCUAGCUUACCCAGGGCUAGUCCUGGUUUACCCAGGACUAGUCCUGGCUUACCAAGGACUAGUCCUGGCAUACCAAGGACUAGUCCUGGCAUACCUAGAACUAGUCCUAGCUUACCAAGGACUAGCCCUGGGGCACUCAGGACAAGUCCGGCAAUAUCACAGUCUAAUGUGAUUAUUUCAGGCACUAGUCCACUAAUGUUACAUAAUUCUCACAAUAUUUCACAGACUAGUCCUGUUAUGCUCACUAGCCCCACAUACUCAGCGAGUGGCUCUCCUGUACAACACAUGAACACUGCUUUGCAAAGAUUUUCGACAGUGCAGCCUAACAGUACAGGAUUAAGUAAGCCUAGAUCCUCAGUAACAAAUGCAAGUGCUGUAAUGUCAGUAACUAGUCCUAGUAUUUCCAGGACAAGUCCUGUAAUAUGUAGAAUGAGUCCGGCAGCAGUGCGGGCAAAUCCAGCAGUUUCUAGGUCGAGUCCUGUAAUAUCACGAGCAAAUUCUGCAUCAAAUGCUCUGGAAAAUAAUUUGGAUAAACCUUUAAUGGGAAUGAGCCCUAACAGGUUACGUACUGUAUUUGGAAUAUCAAACUCUGAGGUGGAGGUGAUGCCUGUUUCUGGAGGAGGAAAGCUUCCACUUUGUGAACCUUAUCCUCAGACAUUCCUAAGGCUGGCUGAGGAACAGCAGCAGCAGCAGCUGCCACCACCACCACAAGAACCUUCUCUUCUGUUGAGUGCUGUCAAGGGGCUAAGAAGAGAAAACUCAUCCUCAGAUGUUGAAGUUCUGUCAACUCAUGCACCUUCGCAUUUCCAUCAUUCCCAGGCGUCUCACGAAAAUUCCAGGAGAAUUCGGAGGCCUCAGUCGUAUGAAAGUGAAAUUAAGCAAAAUACCUUCGUCACCUCUGACCAGACAGAUUUACCAUCAGUUCAAAAACAACCUCCACCACUGAAGCCAGCAACUUCACUUGUCAGAAGGCAUUCAGACAACCUUGACAUUCAUCAAGUCAACCCAAUGAUGCAUCGCCUCAUGUAUCCCAACACAAAUCCUGCCAGUUCUAUUCAUUCUACAAACUCAUCUGCAGAGCAACAAAAAUCUACAUUAUAUUCAUUUGCUCAGCCACAGUGCAGUCCUACACAGUACCCAUCAGCUGCUCAGACAGGUCGAAGACACAGUGAUAGCAGCUGCACUGAAAGAUCUCGAGAUUAUCAGCAGGCGGUUGCAAUGGGUAUGCAGCAGCAUCCUUAUCCACAGCACAUGAAUCCUAAUGCACCUAUGAUGAGAAGUCUUGGGCCAGAUAAAGCCACCAUCUUUCCCAUACCUGCCCCUAUGUCAACAGUUAUUCGUCCGUAUAAACCACCCACACCACCUACAUCCACUCGCAUGAUUUUAGAGCAGUAUCAGAAUGAAAAUUUUUAUAGAUCAAACAUGCCAUUUUUUGAGAGAUUAAGAGAGAACAUUCAGCAGUCAUAUGAUACUGGUGUUAGUACUUCAGACAGAGGAGGACACUCAGGUCAAAAGAGGCCACAACCAACAAUUACUGAGAACCCUCUCCAGCCACAAACUUUUGCACCGAGGGUUCUUGUCCGUGAGUCCAUUCCAGAAACACCAUCCCAUAUACCACAUCCAACAUUUUCUGCCCCACAUUAUCCUAAUGCUAGCCAACACAUGUCAGGUGUUUUACCUAGUCAUCAUGGCCACUUCUCAAAUAAUAUGCAUUCAAAUUCUACCAUUCAUCAUAUGCCUUCGAAUGGACUUCAUCCUGGUAAUCAUCAAGUUCCUUCAUCUAUCAUUGCCAAUAACAGCACUAGACGUAGUAAUAACAGUGGAAGUGGUACUGGGGAGAAGAAGCAGUGUCUCAACUGCCCACAGCCAGCCCGAUUUCUGUGUUCAGGAUGCAAGAAAGCUUGGUACUGUUCAGAAAAAUGUCAGCGUAACCACUGGGGUGUCCAUAACACAGCCUGUGUUCCAUGAAUGUGUGAGGCCUCUUCCUGUAUUAUAUAGCCAAGUGAAGGUUGUUGAUGAAUAUCCCAUUUAAUAGUAAGAUAUAAUCACCACAGUCCUUUUGAAAGUAUGUGACUGACCACACAUUUCCUAAUACUGCGUGACCUGACUCUGUUUACAUGUGAGAUGCAUGAAUUGACAAAAUUAAUACGGGUUUAUGUAUCUUGCUGUAAAGGAGCCUAAUAGUCAUGAUAUAUAAUAAAGUCACUAACAAUUACUAUAUGAAUAAGUGCAACUUAAAAACAUAAAAAGCUUUAGCAAACAAAUUUGAAAAAGACUGGGAGCUUCCAGAGAAAAAUGUAGCUGAAGUAAUUAAAGACUUCCUGAUAAUUUACAUUAAUAUGCAUUGAACAUUGGAUUUAAAAAUAUCAUAAAAUUAGAAUGAAGUACAAUACUAUAUAUAGUACUUACAUGAAGUAAUGUGUGCAGAUUUAUUUUUGAUAAAUUAGACACAUGUGCAACUCUUGGGUAUCUUUAUUGAGGAAACGUUUUGCCACACAGUGGCUUCAUCAGUCCAUACAAAGGAGAAUCUUGAAGAACAGGAGGAGAAUGAGGUAAUCAGUCCCUCAACCUUGAGUCGAUGUGGUCAGUCCAUCAAUCGGUUCUCUGAACCAUUCAUCUACAAACCUGUCAGACACUGCAACUUCUUGGGAUCUUAAUACUUGGGAAUUCUUCGCUUGCCUAAUUCUUGGGCACGACCUACUUCAACAUUGAACAAAUGUUACACGACCUAUGACUGCUGCACCUCUCCUGCCAACGGUUUAUAAGCUCCUUCUCAGCACGUAUGCCGUAUUCUAUUCAAGAUUGAUGGACUGACCACAUCGACUCAAGGUUGAGGGACUGAUUACCUCAUUCUCCUCCUGUUCUUCAAGAUUCUCCUUUGUUUGGACUGAUGAAGCCACUGUGUGGCAAAACGUUUCCUCAAUAAAGAUACCCAAGAGUUGCACAUGUGUCUAAUUUAUCAACAUGUCGGUUCUCUGAACCAUUCAUCUACAGAUUUAUUUUUAUUUAAAAGGUUUUGUUUAAAAUUUGAAAAGUAAUGGAAUCUUUUAAAAAUAAUUUGCAAAUAAAACAGGUUUCAUUUUAUAUUAUACAUACAUAUAGAGUCCCAACAUAAGUUGUUCAUGAGUUCCUGAAAAUUGUUCACAAGUUGUGUUCAGAACUUGGAACCUAUUUUCCCACACACAUUAAAAUUGGAUGAGCGUUCCUGAGCCGUAUAUAAUUUAUUUAUUUUUAACUAAGAGCAUUUACCCAAUAUUAUACAUUCAUUGCUGUUCCUUUUCACUUACAAAUAUAGUAUUAAAUAUUAUUAAAUUAAUAUAUACAUGUAAAUUAAACAGAAGAGAGCUACAAUAGAGUAUAGAGUACAAUAGAGAGGUGUAGAGGCAGGCAGGUAGCAGCUGAACUGUCACUCUUGUAUACUCACCAUCUCCUUCACUCCCACCUUCUCUCACAUUGUAUCUAACACAAUAUUCUUUACACAAGCUCCCUACUUCCUCACUGCUUUUCAGAGGGAUAUCUGAAUUGUGAUGCCUGCAAGAUGGCUAUUGAAUAAUUGAUGGUUAAUAUGUUUUAAUUGUUUGUCAUACUUCCUUGGUAGAUGGUUAAUGCAGCUAAAAAAAAUUACAUGCAGCAUACACUAUGUAUGUCUUCUUCUUUCAACGCACCAGUUGUAUCCCACCGAGGCGGGGUGGCCCAAAAGGAAAAACAAAAGUUUCUCCUUUUACAUUUAGUAAUAUAUACAGGAGAAGGGGUUACUAGCCCCUUGCUCCUGUCAUUUUAGUCGCCUUUUGCAACACGCAUGGCUUACGGAGGAAGAAUUCUGUUCCAUUUCCCCAUGGAGGUAAGAGGAAAUAAACAAGAACAAGAACUAGAAAGAAAAUAGAAGAAAACCCAGAGAGUUGUGUAAAUAUAUGCUUGUACAUUAUGUGUAGUGUAAACUAAGUGUAAGUAGAAGUAGCAAGAUAUACUUGAAAUCUUGCAUGUGUAUGAGACAGAAAAAAAAGACACCAGCAAUCCUACCAUCGUGUAAAACAAUUACAGGCUUCUGUUUUACACUCACUUGGCAGGACGGUACUACCUCUCUGGGCGGUUGCUGUCUACCAACCUACUACCUAGGACUUUGUAUGUAUAUGCAUUAAAUAUACAUGCAUACAUACAUACAUACCUUGGUGGAAGACAAUUGGUAUAAAAAUAAAUAAACAAACAAACACACAUAUACACACACACUCAAAGGCGGUGGGACCAGACAACAUCUCUCCAUGGGUCCUUAAAGAGGGAGCAGAGAUAUUGUGUGAGCCAUUAACAAAGAUCUUCAACACAUCACUUGAAACUGGGCAACUCCCUGAGGUAUGGAAAAUGGCAAAUGUAGUCCCAAUUUUUAAAAAGGGAGACAGACAUGAGGCACUAAACUACAGACCUGUAUCACUAACGUGUAUAGUAUGCAAGGUCAUGGAGAAGAUCAUCAGGAGGAGAGUGGUGGGGCACCUGGAAAGAAACAAGUGUAUAAUUGACAACCAGCACGGUUUCAGGGAAGGAAAAUCCUGUGUCACAAACCUACUAGAGUUUUAUGACAAGGUGACAGAAGUAAGACAAGAGAGAGAGGGGUGGAUCGACUGCAUAUUUUUGGACUGCAAGAAGGCCUUCGACACAGUUCCUCACAAGAGGUUACUGCAAAAGCUAGAGGAUCAGGCACACAUAACAGGAAAGGCACUGCAAUGGAUCAGAGAAUACCUGUCAGGGAGGCAACAACGAGUCAUGGUACGCGACGAGGUGUCAGAGUGGGCGCCUGUGACAAGCGGGGUUCCACAGGGGUCAGUCCUAGGACCUGUGCUGUUCUUGGUAUAUGUGAACGACAUAACUGAAGGGAUAGACUCAGAAGUGUCCUUGUUUGCAGAUGAUGCGAAGUUAAUGAGAAGAAUCAAAUCGGAUGAGGAUCAGGCAGGACUACAAAGAGACCUGGACAGGCUACAAGCCUGGUCCAGCAACUGGCUCCUUGAAUUUAACCCUGCCAAAUGCAAAGUCAUGAAGAUUGGGGAAGGGCAAAGAAGACCGCAGACACAAUAUAGUUUAGAUGGCCAAAGACUGCAAACCUCACUCAAGGAAAAAGACCUGGGGGUGAGUAUAACACCGAGCAUAUCUCCCGAGGCGCACAUCAAUCAGAUAACUGCUGCAGCAUACGGGCGCCUGGCAAACCUACGGAUAGCAUUCCGAUACCUCAGUAAGGAUUCGUUUAAGACUCUGUAUACCAUUUAUGUCAGGCCCAUAUUGGAGUAUGCAGCACCAGUUUGGAAUCCACACCUAGUCAAGCACGUCAAGAAAUUAGAGAAAGUGCAAAGGUUUGCAACAAGACUAGUCCCAGAGCUACGGGGAUUGUCCUACGAAGAAAGGUUGAGGGAAAUCGGCCUGACGACACUGGAGGACAGGAGGGUCAGGGGAGACAUGAUAACGACAUAUAAAAUACUGCGCGGAAUUGACAAGGUGGACAAAGACGGGAUGUUCCAGAGAAGGGACACAGACACAAGAGGUCACAAUUGGAAGUUGAAGACUCAGAUGAAUCAAAGGGAUGUUAGGAAGUAUUUCUUCAGUCAUAGAGUAGUCAGGCCGUGGAAUAGCCUAGAAAGUGACGUAGUGGAGGCGGGAACCAUACAUAGUUUUAAGGCGAGGUAUGAUAGAGCUCAUGGAGCAGGGAGAGAGAGGACCUAGUAGCAAUCAGCGAAGAGGCGGGGCCAGGAGCUGUGACUCGACCCCUGCAACCACAAAUAGGUGAGUACAAAUAGGUGAGUACACUAAUAUACACACUUUUUUUCUCAUUGAUCAUCUCAAACCAAGAAAAGGCAACCCAAAAAAUGGAAACACAUUCACUGUUAAUCAUUCAAAAGCUGCUUGUCAGAAAUGUGCAGAUGGUCAAAUUUCAGAUAACCCUCUAAACAGCAAGUUCUCCCACCCCUCCUUCAGUGUAGGCACUGUCAAACCUUAAGAGCCACUUAUUUCCACUCACUCUAAUCUACAGUGCUCACAUUAUUGCUGGAUGCUCAAGCCUCUAUCAAUACCUUUUUCACAUUCCCUCACUCCAAGUCUUCCUGGGAUAACCCCUACACCUUCCCUCCAGUGCCUGCACUCUGGAGGGGGGUCUACCUAUCUGUGGCCAGGUUCAUGACCAGUCAGAGGGUAAUCUGAUUGUGAUGUCAGCAUACAUCUGGAAAAAUGGUGAUUGAUUUUUUUUUUUGUCACCCUGCCUUGUCAGGGACAGCCAUAUUACUUUUUAACACCAGCCAUCUCCCACCGAGAUAGGGUGACCCGAAAAAGAAGAAACCACUUUCAAUAUCACUGUCUUGCCAGAGGCGUGCUGCUACUACAGUUCAAAACUGCAAAUAUUCCCAUCUCUGAAUCACGAAAUCGUAAUGACACGAUUGCAAACAAACCAUACCACGGGUGGAGUUUGAACCCGCGGUCAGAGAGUCUCAAAACUUCAGACCGUCGCAUUAGCUACUGGUCCAGCUAGCUUCAAUAAGUUGGACGAAUCUUAUUGAAGCUAGCUGGCCCAGUGGCUAACACAACGGUCUGGAGUUUUGAGACUCUCUGACCACAGGUUCAAACCCCACCCGUGGUAUGGUUUAUUCCCAUCUCUCCUUCAGAGUACAGGCACUGUAUGUCCCACCUCCAGGACUCAAGUCUGGCUUGCCAGUUUUCCUGAAUGCCUUCAUAAAUGUUAGCAAGCUAACACUCCAACAGCAUGUCAAACCAUAAAGACGACUUGCCUCCACUCACUCCUAUCUAACCAGCUCACACAUGAUUGCUGGAUGUCCAAGCAUGCAUUUGUACACAUGUAUAUGUAUGUAUGUGUAAAAAGAAAACUGUGCUCUAUAACCAGAUCAGUCCAAUCAAAUUUUGUUAAUUAAUAUUUCUCACAUUUUUGCUCUUAAGAAUUGAUAAUCAUGUGAAUAAAGAGUGUAUGUGUGUGUGUGUGUGUGUGUGUGUGUGUGUGUGUGUGUGUGUGUGUGUGUGUGUGUGUGUGUGUGUGUGUGUGUGUGUGUGUGUGUGUGCGCGCGCGUGCAAGUAUCUGGCUUAGAAACCUAUCCCAACCUUGCAAAAAUUGGUGUAAAAUACAGGAGUUGAAUCCUGUCCAACUUAUCUAAGGUCAGCUUAAAUUUAGUUAGUAUUAUGUAUUAUAAAUUAAUGAAAUUGAUCAACUUUGUGAGGUGCUGAUUGUCACUGUUAUACAACCUAACUCACAGAAUCAUAACACGAUUGCAAACAAACCACAGGACGAAUGGUGGUUGAACCCAUGGAGAGCGAGUUGUACAACUCCAGUGGUUUAUGCACUCACCUGGAGUUUUACGACUCACUCACCAUGGGUUCAAUUAUUAUUAUAAUCAAAACCAAGUGCUAAACUCACAAGGGUCAUACAGCACUGUCCAUGGGUUCAGAUCCCAUUCGUACCAUGGUUUGUUAUACAACUUGUUUGUGAUGUACUGAGUGUCACUGUUAUAAUACUUGUUUGUUAAAAUGUCUAACUCCUAUACAAGCCAAGCUUGCAACUUUGGGCUACAAUGCACACCAUAUACACAGAAUAUGUAAAAGAGUAUAUGGUAAAAAAUGGCAUGUGAUAGAUGGGUUGGAAAAUGGCAAACAUUAGGACAUUUUAUUGUAAAUAUUUCAUUCUGGGAACCUUGGUCACUCCAAGGUUCCCAGAACCAAAACAUGUACUAUAAGAUAUCGUAGUGUUUGCUGUUUGUGACCAUUUCCAACAAAAAGCUUAUGUAUAUAAAGAAGAAUAUUUGUUAAACAACAAUAUGAUAGGAUAGUAACCUGACAAGGCAGUUGUACAGUCAGUGACCCACUUCAGAAUUUUGGAUUUAUUGAUAAAGCCAGGAACGGUCUUUUUUUACACUGUAUAUGGUAUUUUUUUUGGCAUUGCAUCCCUUCAUGCUAGUAAAGGACUUGAUCCUAGGAAUUGAGGAUACACUUACUUGCCUUGGAUCGAACCUGAUUGCCUCCCAUUCCCUGGGCACUAUGUGACCCCUAUGGGUUCAGCGCUUUCCCAUUGAAUUUAAUAAUUUGGCAUUACACUGCGUGAGCAUAUUUUGAAUUCUUGCCAUAAUUUUCCCACCACUGACUCAAGGGUGCCAUAAUUUUAAGAUUAUUUUUAUACAUAAUAAUUGUACUAUUUAUUUUGUUUUGUUAUUAAAGAUGUGUAGGUCUGAAAGACUGGCAGACAACACCCAAACUUAAUUACACAUAUCAUAGUGCAGUAUAUAAUGAUAUUUUUUAUAACUUUGCUACUUUUUCAUGUGAGUCUGUAAAUACAUCUGUCUUUGAUUACUUUAUAUGUCGUACAUACAUUUUUGUAGUGUGCAUAUAUGUAAAUCUUGUUGUAGUGAAUUGUACAUAAAAUUACUUUAAGCUGGUGUAAUUGUUUUCUCUCAAAAUGAACAGAAGAAAAUUAAGUAGA